AUGAACAACAUUCAAAGUCAUGAAUACUCAAUCCCUUACAUCAUACACCCUACUGCACCUGGGCGCCAUACUAGCACUAUAAUAUUUCUCCAUGGCCGCGGAAGCAGUGGCCUGGAACUAGCGGACGAACUUAGCAGCUCCAAGAUCUCGGGUCCGCCUGACGCUAACAUCUUUUCGCAACUACCACACGUAAAAUGGGUAUUUCCUACGGCAAAACCCAGGUUUUCGACGAUCUUCCAAGAGGAAGCGACAGAAUGGUUUGAUAUCUACUCUUUAAGCGAUCCCUCGGAAAGAAGUGAGCUACAAAUUGAAGGAUUGAGAGAAGCGGUUCUAUUUCUUCGGGGUAUAAUAGACGAAGAGAUUGAGAUCCUUAAGGAUCCCAAAUCUGUGUUUCUGGGAGGGAUUAGCCAAGGCGAAGCGACGGCUUUGAUGUUACUAUUGACCGGAGGUUAUUCGCUUGGUGGUUUUAUGGGUUUUAGUGGCUGGAUGCCGUUUGCCCAACAGAUUCAGAAUGAAACUAUGACAGAUUCAUAUCGAAUCCCUGGAUAUCUUAAUUCCGUUCUAGGAACGGAUAGGGAAACCAAUGGUCGGAUGGAAUACGAUACACCGAUUCUCAUAGGACAUGGCAGAGAUGAUGCAUAUGUUGAUUCUGCGCUUGGGUCACAAGCGCGCGAUAUCCUGCAAGACAUUGGUCACAAAGUUGAGUGGCGUGAAUACGAGGACGCAGAGCAAGAGGGGCAUUGGUUUAAAGAACCCGAGGGAUUGGAUGAUAUCGUACGAUUCGUGAAAGAAAAAUGCUCAAACCUUUUGUUAGAGUAG